AUGGAUGUAUUUAAUAAAUUAAAAUCAACGGUAACUAAUACUGUUUCACAAUUUUCUGGAGUUUUACCAGGAAAUCCAGUAACUAGAGAGUAUGAAAUUACUAAUCACACAUGUUGUGCUGGUCCAGGCCUCAUGUGGAAAGUUUUUCAAGGUUUUAAAAAAUCAACUAAACAAGAGGCAUCAAUAUUUAUAUUUGAAAAAAGGUUGCUUGAUAAAUUUCCAAGAGAAAAUAAGGAUGUAAUUUUAGAAUCAUUAAAAAGUGGGGUUACACAGUUGACUAAAUUACGCCAUCCUCAGAUACUUACUGUUCAGCAUCCAAUGGAGGAAUCCAGGGAAAGCUUGGCUUUUGCGACUGAACCAGUUUUUUCAAGUUUAUGUAAUGUUUUAAAAAAUUCUGAAUCUUUAUCAUCUUCUACAUCAAUAAAGGAUUAUAAAUUAUAUGAGAUUGAGAUAAAAUAUGGCUUAUUACAGGUUGCAGAAGGACUUGCUUUUCUUCAUUCGGAUGUAAAAUUACUUCAUAGAAAUAUUUCACCUGAAUCGAUAAUAAUAAAUCAACAAGGUGCUUGGAAAAUUUUCGGCUUUGAUUUCAGUCUGCAUGGUGAUGUAAAAGCAGAUGGAUCAGUAUCUUGGCCCUCGAUAGAUUAUUCGCAGAUACUUCCGAAUUCAGCUCAACCAAACUUGGAUUAUCUAGCUCCAGAAAGUAGCUUAUUAUCAACUAAUCUUUCAUCAUCAAGUGAUAUGUUUUCAUUUGGAAUGCUAAUAUAUGCCAUUUAUAAUAAUGGAAAACCUCUUUUUUCUUAUAAUGGUGAUUGGAACUAUUAUGUCAAAAAAAUUUCCGAAUUUAUUGCUAAAUUUAAUAUUUAUUUUAACAUUCCUUUAGGUUUACAAGAUCUUACAAAACUUAUGCUUCAUACCACACCUGAAUUACGACCUGAUGCUCAUCAGUUUACAAAAGUUGAAUUUUUUGAAGAUGUCGGAGUUAAAACUUUAAAUUAUUUGGAUUCCCUUUUUCAAUGGGACAAGCUACAGAAAUCCCAAUUUUACAAAGGAUUACCUCCGAUCAUACAAAAUUUUCCUCAAAGAGUUUGCAUCUAUAGGGUCGUGCCAUGUUUAGGUAAAGAAUUUACUAAUUCAAGUAUGGUACCUUUUGUAUUACCUGCAAUGUUGCAAGUAGCAGAAACAUGCUCUCAGCAAGAGUACAUGACUCACAUAUUUCAAUAUUUGCAAUCAGCAAUGAAAAUGACUACACCUGUUCAGAUACUUCUUAUUUUUAUGCAAAAAAUGGAAUUAUUAUUGAAACUCACACCCGCGGAAGAAGUCAAAACGGAUGUUUUACCCAUGCUUUAUAGAGCGUUAGAAUCGGACGUUCAACAAAUACAAGAAAUGUGUUUAACGGUUUUACCAACAUUUUCAGGUCUCAUAGAUUAUUCGGCAAUGAAAAAUGCAGUUUUGCCUCGGAUUAAACGAAUGUGUAUCAAAACAUCAUAUUUAUCGGUACGCGUAAACAGUUUGGUAUGCAUCGGAAAAUUACUCGAUAGUCUUGAUAAAUGGUUAGUUUUAGAUGAAAUAUUACCAUUUUUACAAGAAAUACCUAGUAGAGAUCCGCCGGUUCUCAUGGGGAUAUUAGGUAUUUAUAAAAUAACGUUAAAUCAUAAAAAGUUGGGGAUUCCCAAAGACGUGAUCGCGACGAAAGUGAUACCAUUUUUAAUGCCGUUAACAAUCGAAAAUGGUUUGACGUUAAAUCAAUUCAACACGUUAUUUUCGGUUUUGAAAGAUAUGAUUAGCAGAGUUGAAAAUGAACAUAGAUCGAAAAUAAAACAAUUGAACGCCAUGUCUGAGCAAACAAGGUAA